AGUAAAAAACACCUACUUGUCAAUAAUGUCAGUUGUCACUGUUGUCAGAUUGUAGUGUAGUGUCUUUUCAUUAGAUCUUUUGCCAUACGGAGUAAACAUUACGGAAUUGAAUUAAAUAAAGCCUAGGCCCAGAGUAAAGUAAUAGAAUUACGAUGCCCGUGGCUUGCAGGGCUGGUUGUGGCAAGAACGCUGUACUAAAGCGUCCAAAAACCGGUGAUGCGCUGUGCAAAGAAUGUUUCUAUUGGGCCUUCGAGACAGAAAUACAUUACACAAUCACAAAAGGCGAACUUUUUAACAGCGGAGAUGCAGUCGCAAUUGCUGCAUCUGGUGGCAAGGACUCCACAGUACUCGCGCACGUGAUGAAGACGCUCAACCAGCGGUACGACUACGGCUUGAACCUGAUGCUGCUCUCUAUAGAUGAAGGUAUUACCGGGUACAGAGAUGACAGUCUUGAAACUGUUAAACAGAACCGUGAUGACUAUGAAAUGUCUUUAAAAAUUUUGUCAUACAAAGAUUUGUAUGGAUGGACGAUGGAUGAAAUAGUAGCACAAAUUGGUAGGAAGAACAAUUGUACUUUUUGUGGAGUGUUCCGAAGGCAGGCGUUGGACCGGGGGGCAGCUAUGCUUGGGGUAAAGUGCAUAGCCACAGGGCACAACGCUGAUGAUAUUGCAGAGACAGUUCUCAUGAAUGUGCUGCGAGGAGACAUAGCCAGGUUAAAGAGGUGCACAGCUAUAUCUACUGGCAGUGAGGGCACAAUCCCAAGAGUGAAGCCACUCAAGUACACAUAUGAGAAAGAGAUAGUGAUGUAUGCACAUUACAAGAAACUGGUAUACUUCUCUACAGAAUGUGUGUUUGCUCCCAAUGCGUAUCGUGGGCACGCGCGGGCGCUCCUCAAAGAUAUGGAGAAGAUCAGGCCCACUUGUAUUAUGGACAUUAUUUAUUCAGGUGAAACAAUGGCAGUGAAAGAGGAAGUAUCUCUCCCAUCCCAAAGGAUAUGUGUGCGGUGCAAAUUCGUCUCUUCACAGGAAGUCUGCAAGGCCUGUGUACUCCUUGAGGGCCUGAACAAAGGCCUACCCCGCCUUGGCAUCGGCAAGAGCUCUAAGGCCAAGAAAAUGUUAGAAGAGUACAAUGCCAAGCAACCUGAGAGUGAGCUGGACAAAGCUAUGAAAGAUCUGAAUGAUGAGCCUGUAAAUAUUAAAAGUAAAGGCAGAUGCAAGAGUAAGGUAAAGAAUAAGGAAAACUGUGGUAACUGUUCAGGAAAAUGUGCUAAAGAAACAAAUGAAGCGGAAAGUAAUUCAAAGAUAAACAAUUUACUAGAGCAAUAUGGCUUAGAGAACAAACAAAAUGUACCGGUGAAUGGACAUGCUGAUGAACAGAUCCCGGAUGAAGAUGAUGGUUGUUCCGGAUCCUGUGGGAAAUUAGGAUCAAUGCAAAUAGGUUUUUAAUGAAUAUAUUAAAUUAUACACAA